AUGACCAAAUCAAACCUCCACUCUCCUCCCACCUCCCUAACCAUCGAUCAAUGCACCUCCAUCGGCCGGGAAAAGGAGACGGUUGUGGCGGACAUGGACGGAACUCUUCUCAGAGGGCGCAGUUCGUUCCCCUACUUUGCACUUGUUGCCUUCGAGGUUGGUGGGAUUUUUAGGCUUCUUCUGUUGUUGCUAUGUUCUCCAUUGGCUGGAGUUCUCUACUACUUCAUAUCGGAGCCAGCUGGCAUUCAGGUGCUCAUAUUCGCGACCUUUGUGGGGAUGAAGGUUUCGGAUAUCGAGUCGGUGGCGCGGGCAGUUUUGCCCAAGUUUUACGCGAGCGACCUGCACCCGGAGGCGUGGAGGGUGUUCUCGUCGUGUGGGAAGAGGUGUGUGCUCACCGCGAAUCCGAGGAUUAUGGUGGAGGCCUUCCUGAAGGAUUUUUUGGGUGCAGACAUGGUGUUGGGGACGGAGGUGGACACGUAUAAAGGGAGAGCUACUGGGCUUGUCCGUGGUGGUGGGGUUCUUGUUGGGAAGAGAAAGGCAGAGGCCCUCCGAAAUGCCUUCAGCGAGACGUCUUUACCGGAGAUUGGACUCGGUGAUCGGGAGACGGAUUAUCCAUUUAUGAGUCUCUGCAAGGAGAGUUACAUAGUUCCAGCGAAGCCUGAGGUGGAGGCUGUUAGCCAUGACAAAUUGCCAAAGCCCAUUGUAUUCCACGACGGCCGCCUCGUCCAAAAACCAACCCCUUUCAUGGCGCUUCUCACCAUCCUCUGGAUCCCAGUAGGCUUCCUCUUGGCCUGCUUGCGCAUCGCCGCUGGUGCGCUCCUUCCAAUGCCGCUUGUCUACUACGCCUUUUGGGCACUCGGUGUCAGAGUUUAUAUCAAGGGCAACCCCCCUCCACCAGCCAAAAAAUCAAUAGGCCAAUCUGGCGUCCUCUUCAUUUGCUCUCACAGAACCCUCCUCGACCCUAUCUUCCUCUCCGCCGCAUUAGGCCGCCCUAUCCCUGCAGUCACGUACUCCCUUUCUCGUCUCUCCGAAUUCAUCUCCCCCAUCAAGACAGUCCGGCUCAGUCGCGAUCGAGCCACCGACGCAGCAAUGAUAAAGAAGCUCUUAGAGGCAGGUGACCUAGCCAUAUGUCCCGAAGGAACCACUUGCAGGGAGCCAUUUCUGCUAAGAUUUUCUGCCUUGUUUUCUGAGCUAACCGACGAGCUGGUGCCGGUGGCUAUGGCAAACCGCAUGACCAUGUUUCAUGGGACAACAGCUAGAGGUUGGAAGGGGAUGGACCCCUUUUACUACUUCAUGAACCCUAGCCCUGCCUAUGAGGUAAACUUCUUGAAUAAGCUUCCACAUGAGCUCACUUGCGGUGCUGGAAAAUCGAGCCACGACGUCGCGAACUACAUACAGAGGAUGAUUGCCGCAAGUCUAUCAUAUGAGUGCACCAACUUCACUAGGAAGGAUAAGUAUCGGGCACUGGCCGGGAACGAUGGAACUGUAGUGGAAAAGCCCAAGGUUGAUGCUAAUAAAGUCAUGGGCUGCUAGAAAUCAGAUGUUUUUUCCUUUUUCAUGUGAGCUUUGCUUGAUCUUUUUUCUCAUAUCAUGCAUUGUUUGCCUUA